AUGCGAAGAGUACAUGGCGGAAUGGUUCUGCCGCAAGUGCGACCGAAAGAUAUGUCAGGGGCAGUCCAGGAGGAAGUGGCCAAGGAAAGGGACCUGGACGACAAGAAAGACUUGAUUGAUGAUGGAGGAAAGGCGGAGAGGCGAGAUCAGGAGGCAAGAACAAGUUUUGAAUGCGACGAAGUAAUCCACCUCAUCCCCGAGAAGACCGUCCAUCAACGGAUCCCCCUGAAGCCCACACAGCCUGCUGCUGCUCCUGCGCCUGCUGCUGCUCCCGCUCCACCUCCUGCUCCUGUUCCGCACAGUUCCUAUGGAGCGCCAGGAUAUCAAACCUUUGCCAACAACUUCCUACCAGUCGGGGCAGGCGGUCACAAUGCACCAGUGCCAUUCAAGCCCCCUGAGCUCGGCGCGUUCGCUCCGAUCCCUUAUCAAGCUCAACCAGCGGCGCACCAUUCGCCUCCUAUUCAACGCGAAUUUCAACAACAGCUUGAGCAUACUAUUCAUGAGCAACGCUCAGUGCUGGAACAGAUGCAAAUACCGUCAUAUACAAUGUAUCAAGACCGAUAUUCAGCAUAUGCACAACCAGAACCGCAGAGGAUCGUAGCGAGCAGCAUCCCCGUAACCAAGCAAGGAAGCGAAGUGUCUGCUCCUCCCGGCUCCAUCGCCCCCCCGCCAGAACCCGAGGUCUACUACGACAACGCGCCAGCUUGGGAACCCCCAGCAGAUGACGAGGAGGAUGCGAAUCUUGCAACGUUGGCACCACCACCGUCGCACCCUGAGAACCUUCCAGAUCUCCAGCUCGCUGAAGACAGCCAGUUAAGCUCCAAGCCUGCUGUGGCUCCUGAAGGAGACAAGCAGACAGAGGGCAUGCCAAAAGCUUCCGGAGCAACGGACGGCUCUCUAGACCCUAGCGCGGAAGAAUCUAAGACUGCACCGUAUGCUGUAGCAGCUGGUAUCACAGGGAUCAACGAAACCAAGGUUCCUGAAGAUGCUCUGGCUAAGCUGAAAGAGACGCAAUCGACCAUAGUGAAAGAAUCGAGAACAAGUAUCCCAGCUGAUACAAGCACACUGCGAGACAAGUUCGUGCAGAGAGGAGCGGCAAGUUUUGUUGCACAGCUUCGAGCCACGCAGGACAACGAGGCAGACAUGCUUGUCUCCUUGAUUCUCACAAAGGAGAUGCUCCUUGUGGCCAAGAAACCGAGCUACAAGACCCUCUACACCCUUAAGUUUGCCUCUGGGUUGAAGGCCUUUCCUGUUCCUCGAGACCCCAAUGGCGUGAUCGUUCUCAGCUCGGACCUCGCUGAGCCUCUCGUGUUUGGUUGUGGCCAGGCGCAUCUCCUGCAAGAAACUCUCGAGGCCUUCGUCAAACUCGGAGGCUUCUCGGCGCCAGCGGUCGCGGGGAUGCCAGCGAAGAAGAAGCAGCAGCCUGUGAAGAAGCUGAAGCAAGUGCACUGGAUCAAAGUGAACGAGAGGAAAGUCAAGGACACCAUCUGGGAGAACAUGAAGGAUGACGAGGUCAAGAUCGACAAGGAUGAGUUGGAGAACUUGUUUGCGGCGAAGACUCUGGCGAAGGAGACGAACGCGGCAAGUCAACCAUGCCGGAGAGGGGAGAGCGUGAUCGACUUGCCAGGCGGUGAGGCUCUGGCCCUUCUGUCUUGCUUCAUGACCGUAGCAUCAGGGCUCCGCAAGAAGAGAGUGGUCAUCCUGUUGAGCGCCAACAGAUCGCAGACCAUCGGAGUUCUGCUGUCCCACCUCAAGAUCCCCCACGAGGAGUUCAGGAGAGCCAUCAUGGCGCUCGACACGAGGACGCUGCAGCCGAACUUCGUGGUGCAGCUGAUGAGGCUGCUGCCCACAGACCAGGAGGUCGCGGCCCUGCAGUCCUACACCGGGCCCAAGGAAGAGCUGGGAACGGCCGAGCGCUUCCUCUUCGAGCUCCUCUGCAUCCCUCGCCUCAAGCCUCGUCUGCAGUGCUUCGUGUUCAUCCUCGAAUUCAACGCAAGGUUGCAUGACCUAUCGGAGAACGUGGAGGUCCUCAACUACGCUCUUCAUGAUAUCAAGCGCUGUUCGAAGCUUGUCAAGGUCUUCGAGCUGAUUCUUGCCAUUGGCAACUACCUGAAUGGGACGGGACCGCGAGGAGGAGCGUACGGGUUCAAGCUGGAGGUCCUCACCAAACUUGCGGACACCAAGACGACCGACAACAAGAGCACGUUGCUCCACUAUCUCGUGAGUUUCAUAGAGCGGGAGAACAAGAGCCUGUUAGACUUUCCGCAAGAGCUCAGCAACGUCGAGAUUGGAGCAAAAGUCUCGGAGAAUGUGGUGGAGGAGAUUAGCAAGUUCAAGAGGGAGAUCAAGUUCAUUUACGAGGAGAUGAAUCGUCCCUACUACAAGAGCAACGCCAAGAACGACCCGUGCGGAGCGAAGCUCGAGCAGUUCUACCACACCGCGUACAACGACAUGGAGGUGCUGGAGCAGAACAAGAAGGACGCGCUGAGCUUGUACAAGGAAGUCUCAAAGACGUUCGGGGAAGAAGAUCUCAAGCCAGACGAGUUUCUCACGCAGAUCCAUCAAUUCGCGCAAGCCUUCAAGGAAGCGUACAACGAGAACGUCAGGAAGAAGGAAGAGGAGGAGAGGAUUCGAAGCCGGCGGGAGGCCUUCAUCAAGCAGAUGGCAGAGCGCGACAAACAGGUCGAGGCCAGAAAGAAAGGAAAAGCAGCUCCACACAAACCUGCCAACGACGCUCGAUCGCAGAAUGCAGACUCCGACGACUCUAUCGCACAGAUGAUCAACACCAUGCCCAAGAGCGGCAAAUUCGUGAUCAAGAAGCAGGCUACCAAGGAGGGCAGCACCCUCCUUCGCGACCACUUGCAGCAAAAGAAGGAUGAGCAGCCCUCGCAAAGCUCGUCCAGUACUCCUCUCUCCGCCAUCGCCCCGUCCAAUGGCACCUCCUCCUUCUCUGACUCCUCCACCAACAGCCUCGAGAGCUCGGAGGCUACAUCUGGCAACCGGAUCCGCUCGAACCUCAAGGACCUGGGGAGGUUUCUGACACCAGGAGGAGGCAAGCGCAAGUAG